AUGGAGACACCAUCUUCAACAAGAAGAGUCACGAGGUCUCAGACCCUCUCUGCCAUUAAAAGCUCUGCCACCAAUCACCUCUUAUCAUCAAAGAAAGCAGAGGAGUCGGAUAAAUGUCAAUCGAAAUCAAGACCAAGAAACGGUGCAAAACCGCAUAAAGACCGAUCAGCACUGUUCGACAUAACUAACGACUCACCGAUCGUAGGUCUGGCGAUGCAGACUCCGUCGUCCGGAGUGACUGGAAAGAGGAACAUGAGUAGAAUCAAGAACACUCCUGGAUCUGGUGAGGCUCUCUUGAGAGGCCAAGUCAAGACUCUGCUGCAGAAGGUUGAAGAAGAAGCAGAUCUUACCAAGAUCUCAGUCCAAUCUCGUCCCUUUAUCCAUCUCGUUACUUCUCCCAUGGGACUCCUCGCUCCGACUCCGGCCAACACUCCCCAAGUUCACGAUUUCUCAGGUGAUAACGACGGAGUCCAGGUUGUGAUCACAUCUCCGGUUGUUGCAGGACAACUCCGAGCACCAUCUCACGUGGUGGAAAGUAGCAUCUUUGAGGUGAAAGAAGAGAGCUUGGAGUUAGAGAAGAGUCCGAGCGUAACACGGUCGUUGAUGCUGGACUUUAGUGAUAAAUGGGAGAGCUCGGACUGCUCCUCGGUGGUGACUCAAAACCCAGAGGAUGAUAACUCAUCGGUGUGGUCGAUGCAGGUCAAUGCAAGUACUAAAGACGAUGAUGAGGAGGACGAAGUGUAUUCUUACAGAGAGGAAGAUGAUGAUGCUGAUGAGGAGGAGGAAUGCAUCUACGAAGAAGAGGGAGUGAUUGUGGAUGAGUUGUGCGAGGGAAUGAGGAAGAUUAACUUUGAAGGGAAACACACUCGAUUUGUGUACGACAGUGAAGAUGAAGAGAUUGUGGAGGCCAAAGAGGUGCUGCAUUUGAAAGGUCUUCCUACACCAAGAGGCAAACAUGUCAGAUUUGCUCUUGGUGGUGACCAAUCAUGA